AUGACAGACGGUGUGCCGACGCAAAACACGUCGGCGACGCAGAAGCGAGUUGGCGCUGCCAAGACAGACCACAUGCCGGCGAGGUGCAGUCGACGGCCAGGGUGGCGUGGCGAGCGGGCCAUGGCACCUCCGUCGACGCUGAGACAUCCACGAGCUCCGCCAGCUUGUGGUGACUGCAGACUGCAAGUUUGCGCAGGCGGUCCGUUUUCAGGACGUGUCGGCUUGUUUGUCGGCCGUGAAGGGCGAAAGAUGGCCCAUUUUGGUUUGCGAGGAGAAAAAAACCGGUUUUUCGAGUUUGUGGAGCAGCACGACGGUCUCCAGCGGAACAAGGUGCCCCACUUUCGCCAUUGGUGCGCCGACGCAGACUGUCCAGGGCACGGCGCGGCCUAA